UUGGGGUGGUUGUGUACCUACUUCAGUACAAUAGACAAAGAGGUAAUGCCAUCCAUGAUUUAUGUUUCUAGUCCUGAUUUGUUGCGUUGAUGGGGAUGACCAUCCCCUAACUCAGUUUCCUACCGUACAAUGCUUUCAUCUCCUAGAUACCUUCCUAUAUUAUCAAUUCAUUUAGCCUACUGUCUACCUAUCGAAGCCAGCCGGCCUACUCAAUAAAGAAAAAAGGUCCGAAUGGAACCCUUUCCGCGACAGUCGGAGUCAACCCCCUCCUCACUCCUAUGGGCCCACGAAAUCCGGCGCGAAAACAUUCACCUUGCCGAGGAAAUCCACAAAGCCAAAGCUGACCUUACCUCAACCGUAGAUACCAUUAACGAUCUGAAACAAACCGUCAAUGAAUUGACUCGGCAAGUGAAGCAAGUGGAGAAUAAUGCCAUUGAGGAUCUCCAGUGUCUUGACAUUAGAAUCGCAAAUGGAUCCGACGCUCUGCUUAGGCGCGUCGAGGCCCUGGAAAUUGAAAAUGGAAGGUUGAAGGAGGAGCUUGAGAAUGUUGGAAAAGAGUGUGCCAUGCGUUCGAAAGAGCUGUCACUUGCAUUAGCGUCUAUGAAGACAGAGAUUAUGAGUGAGGUUCGGACGAUACUGGCACAAGAGAGAGGUGCUUUGCGAGUUAAUGAGCUACUCAGAGGAUCUCAUGGCAAUGGUGGUAAGUAUUUGUCUCGUACUGCCUUUAAUUCAGACCUGCUAUUCGCUAUGUAUGAGGUUGUCUGGACUAGGAUAUAGCUCGAGUAGGGUCUGACGUACUUGUUCCUGACUCGUUGCCCAAAGAUAUCAUUGCUUCAACGCAAGAACGGGGAAAUUCUUUACAGGCGCUGUCUGAGACCACAUGGGGGCCAUCCAGGUCUACUUCGAUUCAAGGGCGAUGUAGUACUCAAUUAGACCUGUCCGACGGAAUGAUCAUGCAGGGGCAAGAGAACUUGUGUCGUCUCUUCAAACAAAAUGCGAGACCGCUGGGGGCUUAUUGGUCGUUUGCCAUUGAUACCCGAAUUCAAUUGCCUUUGUGGAUCAAGAGCAGCG